UUUGGACUAGCUGUGUCAGGCCAGCUUCUGAAAAAGCCUGAGGCCUAGCUUGAAGUGUCAGACCAGUUCCCAGAUGUCAGGGGCUAGGUUUUUAAUUUUUUCCCUUUCUCACACUUUUGUUUUACUGUAAAAAAAACAGAGAAUUGAAGAUACUGCUCUUAAAAUAAUUUUUAAAGAUAUAUAAUGAGGUCAAAGACUCAUUUUUUGGUGCCAUCCUUACCCGUGAGAUUUUUAUCAGAGGAGGAAAAACACCGUGUUCAAUGAAGCUUAGAUGCCAAGUGAUAAAGGUGUCUAGUUCCAGGUAAAGGCAAGUGAUCCAGGGUAAAUGGAGGAGCAGGAAUAAGCAGUGUCCCUCAAAGGACAGAAGCCUUACAUUUGACAAUCCUUCUGAUGGAAAUCAACUGAAGACAAAUAAGACCAUGAAUGCCGUCUUCUCCCUGCCACGCUGGCGGCGGCGGCUGUGGCUCUGGCUGUGGCGGCGGCGGAGGAACCCGCCACGCACCAGCCUUGCUCCCGCCCCACUCGGAGCCGAAGCUGCAGCCGGGCGGGGGCCUUGGGGCCUGAGGACGGAGGUGGAGGCAGCGGGGCCACCGCUGGAGCCGGGAGACUUUGUGCAGCUGCCCGUGCCCAUCAUCCAGCAGCUCUCCCACUGGGACUGCGGCCUGGCCUGCUCCAAGAUGGUGCUGCGGUACCUGGGCCAGGUGGACGACAAUGAGUUUGAGAGUGCCCUGCGGGAGCUGCAGCUAACCAGGAACAUCUGGACCAUUGAUCUGGCCUACCUGAUGCGCCACUUUGGUGUGAGGCACCGCUUCUGCACACAGACCCUGGGUGUUGACAAGGGCUACAAGAACCAGUCCUUCUACAGGAAGCACUUUGACACAGAGGAGACCCGGGUGAACCAGUUGUUUGCACAAGCCAAGGCUUGCAAGGUGCUCGUGGAGAAAUGCACAGUGAGCGUGCAGGACAUCCAGGAGCACCUGGCACAGGGCCACGUGGCCAUCGUGCUGGUGAACUCUGGGGUACUGCACUGCGACCUUUGCUCCAGUCCUGUCAAGUACUCCUGCUUUGCCCCCAGUGGCCACCGCUGCUUCUGUGGCACCCCUGACUACCAGGGCCACUUCAUCGUGCUGUGCGGCUACAGCCGGGCCACGGGCUGCAUCUUCUACAACAAUCCAGCCUACGCCGACCGAAUGUGCAGCACCAGCAUCAGUAACUUCGAGGGAGCCAGAACCAGUUACGGCACAGAUGAGGACAUCCUCUUAGUCUACCUGGAUAGCUGACAGCAGGAGCCUGGUGUGCCCAGGCCCUGGCUCCCCACCCUGCCCCACCCUAGCCUGGCCAACUCAGGAGGCCUUGGCCCAGGCCCCGAGAUGCUCGGGCUUGGAUGCAGAACUGCAGCCUUGGCCUGUGUGACAAAGCCCCAGGAAAUUCUUGACACUGGAGGCAUGCCUGCUUUGUCUGCCAGCGUUGCGUGUGUCAUCUUGCCACUUACCUUAUGCACCUGCUGGUUGGUGGAGGUGUCCCCAGAGCAUCUGAGUAGAGCUUCUCCUAGGACCCCAAGCCUGACUUGAACUGUGCCCAGGGGACUUCCAGCCCUGUGGGUGCCCUUGUUGCCUGCAUACCAGAUCCAGGGCACAGGAGAAGCCUGAGCUUGUCUCCCCACAGAUCUGGGGGCUGAACGCUGGAGAUGCCACUUGUCAGGAUGGUAUCCACGUGUUUGGAGACCAUGUAGCCAACUCUGGCCCCCAGGACUGUGGGCUGCUCCAGGCCUUGCUAAGAACUGCCUACCCCCAGAAGUGCUACAGACCUCCCUGGGCCCUUUGGUGGAUGCCACCACUCCCUCCUGCCACAAGAUGGGAACCCACCCAAGUUCCUGUGGCUGGUUGUGAGGCCUCUGGGCCCUGGAGAUGGCUGGGCCUCAGGCCAGAAGGACCCUGGGCCCCGUACCCCUCACCCUCUAGGUACCAUAGCACUGUGGAGUAGAGGGCCCUCAGGGGAGUAGACAGGGCCCUGACUCUUGCUAGCUGGCAGUGCUGAGUGUACAAGAAUGCCUGACCCAGAAGGCCAGACACAGCCAGCCACCUGUGUCCCAAAGAUCCCCCCUAACCCAUGAGGCCUCCUGACACUAGCAUAAGCUCUGAUAGUGGGGCCCAUUAUCCGGGCAUGGGGAGCCCCAGGCCUCACAGGGCUGAGUGCUGGGGUGCUAGGGCCUGCUGUUGAGGCCAUGGUGGGAGACAGCCGUUGGCCUCCCACUCACCCUAAUAUUCAUGCCAGGACCUUUUGCACAGAAUGUUGAGGCUUUUCCGUCUUGACAGAGAAGGAUGGUACCUGCCCAGGAUCACACAGCACUGCACAUAGCAUGGACUAGAGCUGUUUCCUACUUUUUAAAUUUUUUUUUUUCUUUUCUUGGGGGGUGGGGCUUGUUUGGUUUCUUUGAGAAUUAAGUUUUUCCACUUGUGGGGAGUGAGAGUUACCCUCAAGUAAGACAAUAAUAGAUUAUAGGUACUUCGGAACCACUGACACCUCUCUUCACAGAGCAGAGAAGCCAGCCCAAGUUCCCUUUCAAAGAGAAAGGGACUCACAGCUGAGGAUGCUGAGUGCCAGGGCCCCUCACCCUACCUUACAGACAAAAUCUGGCCAUCAGUCUGGGGAGAGUUUGUCCAGGACAGUGAUGGGGUUGGGUUUUGAAUCCAGAUCUGCUCUGAAAAACAAAGGGAACUGGAUCAUUCCCAAAGGAGACAAGGACACCCACCCCUCAUGAGCUGUCUGGUAGAGGAGCAGGGCUGCCCCAGUAACCACACUGCCCCGUCCCCCUGCGUCUUGGUCUCUUGUUGGCCAAGGCAUGAUGCAGUGGCAGCUGCUACCCCUCUGGACUGCAAACAGGCUCAGCAUCUUCUCCCAGCAGCCAGCUGGCACCUCCCCACCAUGGCUGCUCUGGGGGCCAGAGACGGGCUUUGCUGAAGAAGGCCGUCAGACCACCCAGCCUAUUUGCUCCUCAACACCAGAUGCAGCCUUUGGCCCAGAGGGAGGUGCUGUUAGCUGGUUAGCUAAUAGGUUAGCCACCUUGGUGUCGGAGAUUAGCAGUGUCUUCAGACUGUUCUUACUCUUUUGCCUUAAUGUUGGGUGGCCCGAGAUCCCAGGGAGCUCCAGUUUCAUACCCAGGAAUACCACGUGUGGCAGCUGUGGGAUUUGGAAAUCCUCAGGAAGGGUCUGGCUAAAAUUGUGGUGAGAAUAGAUGCAUCAAGGAAAGCCAUGAAGAAGUGACGCUUUGGAUGACUGGUGGAACUGUCAUGGAAAGCAGCCUCCACAGAGGGUGGUCACAGCAUCUGAGUCCCCGGGGCCAGCCACAUAUUAGAGGUCACCCUCUAGAAGAUUAACAAGAAAGCUACCUGUGCCUGCGAUAGUACCGUCUGCCUGGGAGGGUCAUGGGAAUGGGAUGCAAAUGCAAACCUGUUCUUGCACAUGUCAUGAAAACAAGGCUGGAGAAAACCCAGGCUUCAGGAACGUCUGCCCAUGGCACGUGGCACCCAUGACCCCUGCCCACAUGCAGGGAGCCCAGCAAAGCCACACUGGACAGUUGGUUUUGUUCACUCCAGCCACACAGGGACAAAAGGGAUCUUUUGCAUUGCAGAGAUUUUCUACAUAUAUAUUUUUUGUUUGUAAUGAGCCAUUCUCAAUAAACAUUAUUCUCACUGCAAAAGAAAGAAAGAAAGAAAGAAAGAAAGAAAGAAAGAAAGAAAGAAAGAAAGAAAAUGAAUGCCUGUACUUUUGGUCCUGAAUAAUCUUGUUAUUUCUGAAAGCAUAAAAAUCAUGGCCAUUAGUAAUACCAUCUCUAGGCAGCUCUAAAUUAAAAAAUGAAAAACACAUUUUGAUUGGUAUGUAGGCUGAAAGUUCACAUUUGGGGCUCUGUGGAAGACAGAGAAGGGUUACAUGAAGAGGAGAGGAGGAUGAGAGUUCAAGAGGUAUCUACCAAUGACAUUUAAAUGAUGGCAAAGCUAUUUCUGAAACAACAGGGUAAAAAAGACGUGUUGCAGACCGCGGAAGAGAAUGAAAAACCCUGUGAAGAAUCUAACUCCUGCAUUUCCAGAAUGAAAUGCAAGAACUAAUUGACUCAAUGAAGAGCUUGCUUUUCAGAAUACUAACGGAGACUUCUCAUUUUCUGCUUCUCUAGCUGACAGAUUUCACAUUUUUACUCAACUGGUGUAUUAAUAAAACAAUGUACUGUGUGGUCUCACUUUCAUGGGCUUCUUGUUGACAUGUUGACAUGAAUUUUCAUUAUUCUUAUUAUUAUGCAACCUGAACACACCUUUGGUUCUUUUCCAUGAGUUCAAGCUGACAAGAAAGAUUUCAACUGUCUGAAUGUAGAUUCCCAGAAAGGGAAAAAAAAAAAAACUUUGUCAAUAAGGGUUAUAGAGGGAAGUUUAACUUCAAUGGAUAAUU